AUGGCCACCAACUCUGGAAGUAAUACAAUUUCCAGACCACACCGCAAGUUGGCAUUGGUGAUUGGCAUUGGUAACUAUGAGAGUGGUGAAAUAUUACGCAAUACAAUAAAUGAUGCGCACGAAAUGUCAUCCAAAUUGAACAGCAUUGGUUUUAUUUCUGAUGGGCCACAACUAGAUUUGACACAUGAAGCUAUGGAGCUUGCUCUAGUCAAAUUUAAACAUUCAAUAAGAGAAGGAGAUAUGGUCUUGUUCUAUUUUGCGGGACAUGGAACACAGUGGGAGGAUCAAAAUUUUCUCAUACCAAAAGAUGAUACUAAUAUAGAAGCUGCAAAUAUACACAAUCGAGCAAUUCUUAUACAAAAAUUUCUGGACGACUUCGAAGACCGUCAUCCAUUCACAACAAUAAUUAUCUUGGAUUGCUGCAGAAUAUAUCAUUUACGCAAUCCUCAAUUAGUCGCGGCUCUAGCACGUGCAAAGAAUGCGAAUGUUCCUAGGCCAACUGGCUUAAAACAAAUGGAUAGCAAAGCCGGAAUGUUGAUUGCAUUUGCCUGUGCUCCUGGAACCAUAGCAAACGAUGGAACAAACGAAUGCAAUGGUUUAUUUACAAAGCAUCUACUAGAACACAUUGGCACUCCAAAUAAAGAUAUUCGAAUGAUAAUGGCUGCUGUCACUAGAGGCGUCAUGGCCGAGUCAAAAUUAAAGCAAAAACCAUCUAUCACUCUUACAUUAUGGGAUGAAUAUAUAUGUUUAUUCGAACAAAGCUCAGGUAGAUAGUAGCAGAGAUAGAACCGGUACCGGUAACCGGCCGGUCCGGUCCAGCCCAGUACUGGUCUGGACAGUUACAUAUUCGGUCGAAAGGAGGAGAUGAUACAAUGACAGAACGAAAAAGAUGCGCUCCUCGUGGGGCUCGAACCCACACCUUCUGCUAUCCGGGCAGAUGUCCUAAGCCAGUUAGACUAGAAGAGACGAUGUUAUUUUCUUUUUCGUCUUAGAUCGUCAUUCUAUGUGCACGAUCUAACAUGGACUUUGGAUCGACCGGUCUGACCGGUCCAAAUCGGUCUGACCGAUCGAAACCGCUUUAAACCGGUCUAUAUUUUUCACUUUCCCGCUCCAUGAUGGUAAUCAUAUGAAAAAAACAACUGGCACCAAGACCAAUUCUACCAAUCACAUAGGAAUUUAUUUAAAAAAAAAAAUUUUUCAAAAUACCCAUCAGUGAGACUAUUGUUUUCAACGAGAAAAUAUUAUGUCAGUAUACGUGAAAGUACGAAGGUAGCCCUCAAGAGAGUUCACUAUGAAACAAGGCUUCAUUUCAAGCCUUAGCCUAUUGUCUAUAGAUCGAUAUUUUGUCGGUAGGUCGGUUUUUCUUUUAUAAACUGACGUAUCAUCAGCAGCCUGUUUAGUACCGGUAGGCUAGUUUUGCCCGGUAGACCGGUUUUUGACGGUCUAGACCGGCCGGUCCGGUCCGGUCUUAUUGUUUUGGACCGGUGCCGGUACCGGUCUGAAAAAAACUAGACCGGUUCCAUCUCUGGAUACUAGCAUUAUUUGUGGAAUCAUUGAAAGAAGCAUUGCUCUAUUUUCACUUACAAAAAAAUAUUGAGGGAAAGAGACAGUUCGAAUUGCAGUCGGAGCUAACUUUAAGAUAACUAUUUACUAUCAAAUAUUAUUGUUGGUAUUAUGACAACAAUUUUAAUGGUUAUCAAGUGAGAAAAAAAGAAUAUAUAUCGUUUCAUAGACAGUAUUCCGUUGUUAUGUAAGAGAACAAGAAGAAAUUAAAACAAACUCUGUAAAUGAUACUAUAUUGAGGCGAAUAGAGUAAAUUUUCAGAACUAGGGAGUGGGUGUGGGUAUGAAUGUGGAUGAAGAGAACACCAACACCAAUAGUCCGCUCCACCCCACACCCACAUUUAACGCGGUGAGAAAAACCAGGAAUUUAUUCAAAAAAUUUUUCAUGGGCAAUGGCAUCAUCCGUUGCAAAAUUAAAUCAAUAAUGAAAACACUGCACUAAAAUGAUUAUUUGAUAUUGAAAAGUUGGAGUAUGAGUAUGGGUGUACCAGGGAACCUAAGUGGCACCCACACCCACACCCACAUCCACAUCCACACCCACACCCACACUCACACCCACCCACACCCACACCCACACCCACAUCCACACCCACACCACCCACACCCACCCACACCCACACCCACACUCACACACCCACACACCCACACCCCACACCCUUCUGGUAGGGCUCAGAAAAAUGCUAAUUUUUUUGCAAAUCCUGAUUCAAAAUUUUCUUCGAUAAAAACUUA